GGCUGCUGAUUUUGUGGAGAUAGUAAAUGGGCAAACCAUUGACGUGUCGGCAAAUGCUUGAAUACACGCAUCGACACACAGUAGCCAAUACAAAAACAUUGAAAAGACCCUGCAGCAGACUUCAAAACUCCAACAUACCGAACGAAUUUGUGUGUUUUUUUUCCUUCGUGUGAUAAAACGAGAAAAAUAUUGUGGUAAAUAAUAGAAUAGACACUGAACCAACGCAUUAAUAGUAGUAGCAUCAGUGGCAAAUGUUGAGUUGACGUUGUCACCAAACGCAAAAAAUUGUGAUUCUGAAUUGAAAUCCAUUUCUUUUUCGUUUUUUUUUUAUUUGAUUGCUGAAAGCAAAGUUGAUUCACCAACGAAACACGUCAUUUGCAUCGGUAGCAUUUAAGGGAAACACAAUAUUAGCCAAAUCGCAUCAUGCAUACACUUAUAUCACGAGGAAAUGCACUAUUUGCAUACUCACUGAGCGUGUUGGCCUGUUUAACAUUCUGCUGCUUCUUAUCCACCGUGUUCCUGGACUACCACACAUCUGUAGAUAUCAACACAGUGAAAGUGCUGGUGAAAAACGUACCUGAUUACGGUGCAUCGCGUGAGAAGAAAGACUUGGGUUUCCUAACAUUUGACUUGAAAGCUGAUUUAACCAGCCUAUUCAAUUGGAAUGUUAAGGAAUUAUUUUUGUACCUAACCGCCGAAUACAAAACAAAAGACAAUGAACUGAAUCAAGUGGUGCUCUGGGAUAAAAUUCUAUUACGUGGCGAAAAUGCGCAGCUCGAUUAUCAAAAUCUCAAUACGAAAUACUAUUUCUGGGACGAUGGCAAUGGCUUGAAAGGUCACAAAAAUGUGACGCUCACAUUGUCCUGGAACAUUGUACCAAAUGCCGGUCUACUGCCAAGCAUCGUUGGAACCGGUUCACAUUCAUUCAAAUUCCCCGACACCUACCAAUCGGCUCCGCUGUAAUUUUGUUCGUCUUGUCAACCAACACUUUUUCAAUACACACCAAAACAGUUCCGACUUCGUUUUUCUAUUUCUUAAUAUAAAUAGUAUGUUAAAUUUUUAACAGAAAAAAAAACAACAACAGCAACAACACACAAAACAUAUUAGGAUUGUAUUUUUAACGCCCAUUCAGAUUUGAUCGAACGAGCCAUUAAUGGCCAUUUAGUCGGCUGUCACACGAUUUUUUCGUCUUUAUUAAUUUUUUUUUUCUUCAUUGAGAUGCUUAAGCCAAUUGCUCCAAAACUGUAAAAUAUAAAGGGAAAAAAACGAAACACACGCAAUGUAGAAAAAUCAUUUCGAGAAUAAAAAUAUAAAGCAUUUUUGUACACAACUUCAAAUUACAACAUCCAUAUUAAAUCCGAUAAUUAAAUGAAAGAAAAAAAAACAAUACUUUGCACUCUCUUAUGAUGUCUGUGAAUUGUCGUAUGUUUAAAAAGAAGCAAGAAAAAAAAAGUCGCGAAGCUCAAUCCUCUUUCAAAUCACUGGUUCCGACAAAUAGAUAAUGUUUUCAAAUCGAAAAGAAAAAAAUCAAGAAAUUCUGAUAGAAUUAAUGUAUUUAAUUUACAUUUGUUUAGUUGUGAGAGAAAAUUGAAGAAGAAAUGAAGAGCGCAAAUAAAAAUCAAUUGAAACAUAA